CCAGGCCCUUUAAUAAUCAGCAUGUUCCCCUACGUAGUCUAAUUUGUUUGUUUAAAGCUUCUGGUCCUCGUCUUCCUUGGACAGAGCCUCAUAAUGGCUCAGGAGUCCCGCGUUGAUUCCCUGACAUUGACUGUCGCCUCGCACCGAGCACAAUGUCGACAUCUUCGCCCAUACCUCCGGCCCCGGAUGACGACGGCCAGGCCAUACGCCACUUGAGUCCGCCAGUGACGACACCUGCUGCUGCUGCUGCCACCCGGGUGUCGUGCGAAGGCUCCCCAACCUCAGGGCUUGCAGAACUCGCCAGGAGCAUCAGCGAGCGUGAUGCACAGUUGGCAUACGAGACGAGGGAGGCAGAUAGGGGACUGCCUCUAGGCAAUGACCACAGUGACAGCAAUCACAACAGCGCCAGUGACCAUGGCGGAGGCAGCAGCGGCACAGAUACAGGCGACGAGAAGCUCGUCGUGGCCUGGGAGCUUGACGACCCCGAGAACCCGUACAACUUUUCAAACGCCAGGAAAGUCGUCAUCCUCAUCGUGUGCAUGGCCUGCAUCAUAAACAGCACCAUGGGCACCUCUCUGCCCAGCUUGGCCAUCCCUAACAUUGCCAGCGAGUUUGGUGUCACUUCGCAGCCUCAGCUCGUCUUACCCAUCUCGGCCUUCCUCAUAGGUUUUGUCUUCGGGCCUCUCUUCUGGGGCCCUCUGUGCGAGCACGUCGGUCGCCGGCCUGUCCUCUGCAUCACCUUUACUCUCUUCAUGGUCUCCACCAUGGCCUGCGCCCUGGCCCCGAACUGGCCGGCUCUCCUCAUCUUCCGCUUCUUCACGGGUGUCUUCGCCAGCGCCCCGAUCCCUGCCGUCACGGGCGUCGUGGCAGACUUGUACGGAGACCCGCUGACCCGCGGCCGGGCCAUGGCGUGGUUCAUGGCGACCACCGUCUUCGGUCCAUUAUUUGCCCCAAUCAUCUCUGGCUUCUGCGGCCCGACCAUCGGCUGGCGCUGGGUCUUCUGGAUCGGGCUGAUAUAUGCUGGCCUGACGGCGGUCCCGAUCUACUUGGUCCCCGAGACCUACGGACCGAUUUUGCUCACCAGGCGAGCCAAGAAGUUGCGCAAGGCGGACCCCUCCGCGGAGGUGUACUCGGCUGCCGAGCUUGAACGGCGGGACUUCAAGGAGCUCAUAACUGUCGUGCUGACCCGUCCUGUGCGGAUGCUCGUCACUGAGCCCAUUGUCACGGCGACUUGUCUGUACUUGAGCUUGGUAUACGCCAUAUUCUACAUGUCCUUCCAAGCCUUCCCUCUAAUCUUCCAGCAAGUCUACCACCUCUCCCCCGGCGUGACCGGCCUGUGCUUCCUCCCCAUCGGCGCGGGAGCCCUCAUCUCGAUCCCGAUAUUCAUGUUCUACGACGGCUACCUCGCCCGCGCGCGCGCCCGCAACGCAAGCUGGACCCACCGCGAAGAGUCCCGGCGCCUACCCCUAGCCUUCCUGGGCGGUCCCCUUUUCGUCGUCUCGCUCUUCUGGCUCGGCUGGUCCGCCAGACCACCCACCCCGACCACCACCGCCGGCGUGCCCUUCGUGGUGCCCAUGCUCGCGGGCCUGCCGUUCGGGUGCGGCUUCAUGCUCAUCUUCAUGGCCCUGCUCAACUACCUCACCGACGCGUACGAGGUCUACGCCGCCUCCGCCAACGCCGCCGCCUCGUCCGCCCGCUCCAUCUUCGCCGUCGUCCUGCCCCUCGCGACCACGCCCAUGUUCGCCAGGCUGGGCAUCAGCGGGGCCUGCAGCAUGCUCGGCGGGCUGAGCGCCCUCAUGUGCGUCAUCCCUUACGUUUUUGUGUGGAAGGGCCAGAGUCUGCGGGCCCGCAGCAAGUUCUGCAUCGCGCUCAAGAAGAGGAAGGAGGAGAUGGAGAAAAAAGAGGAGGAGCAGAGGCAGAUCCGGCAGAGGAGAGAGUCAGCGCUGCUCAUGGACGGGCAAGGCGGCCGCGAUGACGUUGGUGUCAGCCGUGAUCAUGUCGCUGCCGGCUCGCAUACAAACGAAAAUUCGAGAGAGAAAAUGAAUGAAAAGUCACGAAGUAUGUCAUAGAGAUAUAUAUACAAAAAGAGACUCAUUGGACACAAGAUAACUAGAAGACGAACCAGUUUGAAGAUACAGCUUGGCCAUUGAGAUAUCUAAGAGCUGUACGUCGACUUGCCCUGCAGGAAACCAGCGAGGCAAAUAGUUAUAUAAAUGCCAAAGGCAUAAUGCACUAGCCUCCUUCUUCCAAAA